UUUUUGUCUGGGUGAGGAAUGGAAUGGGUGUGAUGAGGUCUUCAACAUGAUGGGAACAGACUCAAAGAUGGAAUGCUGAAGACGCAUGCUUCCAGGGGAAAAGGUGAGCUGGCAACUUUCGGAUUAACAGUUUCACUGCUGAGUCGUGUCAUCUCGUCCAAUUAAGGAAUGAGCUGGCAGAACUACAAUGGCCCCUCAUCAAGGGGGGGCUACACUCCAGAGGAGCCCUCCUCCAGAUCCUCCACCAUGUCCAGGCCCAGUGCCAAGUCCAUCUACAUGCAACGAAAGACAUAUUCAGAGUCCGUUACAAAACAGCCCGACAACUUCCAGCACAGGGUUGAGCACCUCAUCACGUCAGACCUGGAUGGCCAGACAGCGAGCACCGUGGAGGACUGUUUGGGCAGCUUGAAGACGCUUACAGUCAAGGGUAAAGUGUGGGCCCAGGACAUGCUGAUGGAGGUGCGGGGGAGCACCGUACAGCUCAGCGACAUUGAGACCAAGGUGGCGCUGGAUUCCCUGCCGCUGGGCUCCAUCAUGGACAUGAGGGCCAUUUCAGACGCCCUGGAAGACUACAGCUCCAUACUCACCAUCACCGUCAACAGCAACCCACGCAACCCACCACAGGUCUUCAUGUUCCAGUGCACAGAAGCAGAGGCCCCGGCUAUUAAGGAGGAUCUGGACAAAGCCAUCCAGCGAGGUGGCAACUUUGAGCCUGAUCCAUACGCGCAAAGAGACUUUCAGAGAGACAUCAGAAAUGAUUUGGAGAACAUUAUUGGCCAGCAACAACGGCCUGGAAGUUUCCGGAGUGGUGGGUCUACGCCCAUGAUGCCAGACAGAGACCCCUCACCACCCCAGCAAAUGCCACCUCAGUGGAAUAACUACGACCAGCAGCAGCAGGAGAUGCCUCCUCCCAUGUUUGGCCACGAUGGGCAGCAGCCCCCCUGGCAGGAGCCAGAGCCGCAGCCCCCUCAGUACGAUCCCAUGUACGAGCAGCAGCCACCGCCACAGCCGCCAGCCUACAGCGACACAGACAGGAAUGUGGAGAUCCUGAACCACGUGCUUAAUGACACAGAGAUGUUUAUGGGCCAAGUGUCAGCAGCCAGCCCUCCAUCACAGGAGGACAAGGGCAAGAAGAAGAAAAAGAAGAAGGAGAAGGAGAAGAAAAACAUGGGCCCAAUGUUACCACCAGUGGAGGAAUACUUUUCUUUUCUUCAAAAGGUUAAAUAUGGAUUCAAUCUACUGGGCAAACUGAAUGGUGUGAUAAACAACCCUGGAGCCCCUGACCUUGUCCAUGCCUUUUUCUCAAUGCUGGCCUUCGUGGUGCCACGGUACCCUCCUGACGUGCCGCCCAACGUACUGCCCCCGUUCCUGACAGAGGAGGCGCUGCAGUUGAUGAGUCAGGUGGUCACCCCGGAGGAGGGGCAACUCUGGGGCUCUCUGGGGGACUGCUGGAGCACGCCCAGGCACGCGUGGCCCGACGGUGACCAGUUCCCGCCCUACACGCCCAUGUUCUACGAUGGCUGGGAGGUGCCGCCCCCCGUGGAGAACAGCCAGCCCCCCUGGCAGCAGGCCCGGGGCGGCAGCCAGAGGCAGAGCCAGAGGUUCAUGCCCAACGACGACAUGCAGAUGCAGCAGCCACCGCCCAAUCAGGACCAGAUGGGAUGGAAUUCACCACCACAACGCUCGGCUGAGCCGCUCCUCCAGAUGCAAGUCAUCUACGACUUCAUGGCCAGGAACAGCCAGGAGCUGAGUGUCAUGAAGGGAGAUGUGGUGCAGGUGGUAGAUAAGAGCAAGCAGUGGUGGAAGGUACGCAACGUCAGAGACGAGGAGGGCCACGUUCCCCAGAAUGUUCUGCAACCAAUGGAUGAGCCACGGGACAUGCGGGGUCCCCCAACCCUAAACAUGUCAUCCACACCUGUAGAAGUCAGAGCAUGGCUGGAAUACAAAGGCUUCUCUAGGCUCACGGUGCGGUCUCUGAGCGUGCUCAAUGGCGAGAUGCUGCUGAAGAUGACGAGGGAUGAGAUCCGUAUGGUCGCCCCAGAGGAGGGAGCUAAGGUCUUCUUCCAGCUGCAGGCCGUCAAGUCCUCCCUAGCGCUGGCUGACGAGGGUGGGUUUGAACCCAGCUACCACAACGGAUACUGAACUACACAGGAGGACCCUGCUGAGUUGAGCGGUAGUGGCCUACUAGUUCCACUAGACCAUGUCUUUGACAAUGACAGCAUCACAGAUGAACAACAUAAACCACAAAUCACUGCUUUCCCCUUACAAAACCAUAAUAUAUUUCACAACAAUGUAUAGUAAUAUAUUGUAUAUUAUAUAUAUUUAAUAAUUCUACAAUAAUUGAUAUCUAUAGUAAUCACUGCAGUAUUUUCAAAUAAAGUAUAUUGACAAGAGUACUACAAACAUUGAAAUAUGUGUAUUGCGAUAUAAAUUAUGGUAUAUUGCAAUCUAAUGGUUCACUUGUAAUAUAGUGCUAUUGUAGCUUUGGAUGUCCCAUUGCUCAACACAACUGUCUUUACUGAAUGACUAUUUAUUCAGCAUUAAUGAUAUGAUGGAUGAAUGAUGUAACACAGACACCUGCUGAAAACACAUAUGCUUUUAUUAUGUACCAAAUGCCUCAAUUGUUUUUCACCACUACAAUUGUGUUUAGAAGUAAAAAUGAUCAAAUAUCAAAAUCAAAGUGCUUGAUUUUUUCCUUUUUUUAAACAGGGUACAAAUCAGAGUAUGACCUGAAAAAAUAAAAUACUUGUCUUUUGAA